AAGCACUUCUCACAACACCCUACUCCCUUUUAAACGUCAAAAGCACAGCCAAAAUGAGCGACCCACCCAAACUUAGGCGCAAAAUGCAGGCUAAUUCAUUAUAAAGUAUGAUUAUGGACUAUGCCGACCGAUAUAACCUUAGGGUUGCUUUGAUUGUCCAAGAUAAGACAAAUGGGGACUAUAAGAUAUUCCAGAAAGAGCUGGACGAGAACUUCCCGCCUGUUAGAGAUAGUAUUAAACCUUGCAUACUGCAUGUUGGUCAUGAAGCCGAGGCCCCAACCAAUACGGGCGAGGCCAAGCUCGGUAACGACCUCCAGUUAAAGCUGCGGAAGAUAGAAUGGGAGAUAUUGCAGUCCGAGGUACCUAAAGCACCUAAGUUUCAGCGUCCUAUCUUUAUAAGGCAACCAACAGCCGGCCCAAGGACAGACCAAGUGUCCAAGGAACGACCCAAUAAAGGAUUAGGGUCGGACAAGGAAGCAGACCACAGCCGGGAGGGGCUAGGCCACGUGACUACUCACAGGGCUCACGAUGCAAAGACAAGUAAGCCCAGUGAGAACAAGAAACAUGCUUAGGAUCUAAUUUCUCGUUACCUGGCCGGACCAUUAGAGAGGGCGUUGCUGAUAUACGCGAUGGGAGCCCUGCUAGCAGCAUUAUAUCUUUAUUACCUAAUAAGAUCCUAUACUCCUUA